GUGUCCUCCCAGCUCAGCACGCAUCCCACAUCCUGCCCAGGCUCCCCGUGGAGAGGACAGACCCAGCAGGGCUCACGGAAGCAGCUCUGGAGAAGUUGGAUUCGCAACAGGGGAAGGAAACACCUGAGCAGGAGCGGAUCCAGGAAGAGCUGGUUUUCCAAGGGAACGGUUACCCCAAGGGUGGAAGAUGCUGGAUAAGGCCACCUUUCUGCUGUUCCUGCAUUUGGUCACAUGCUCCACCUCCUCUCCUCUCUACCCAGCUCUCAGGUACAGCCCAGAGCCAGUUGCUGCCAAGGCCCUGAACUUCCAGCUACAACACAACAGCCAUAACCCCUUGGCAGAGGAACAGGAGGAAGAGGGUUUGUUAACAGAUCCCACAGAGAAAAGGAUGCAGCGCCACGCUGAUGCCAUAUUCACCGACAACUACAGGAAAUUCCUGGGGCAGAUUUCUGCCCGGAAAUUCUUACAGACCAUCAUUGGCAAGAGGCUUGGAAGCAGUGAGGGCAGCCCAGGGGAAGGGGUGCAUGGAUUUCUGAGCAGGCGCCAGUCUGACAGCAUCCUGAUGGACAGCCACUACCACCAGCAGAUGGUACUGAGGGACUUCCUGGGAGCCAUUCUGCAGAGCCAAAGGCCUCAGGACAUCAGCAGCAGCCAGUUAGAGGGCUUUCCCAGCACCCUGGCUAAGUUCAUGUAGAUAUCUCUCCCUUUCCAUCUCCCCAUGCUCUGAACAAUUCAGAGCUGAUGGAUCUAACUGGACAAUAAGCCCUGCACAGCACUGAAGACAUGCCUGGAUGUGACCAGCUGGAAACUGAUGCAUACACUCCUCAUAUCUGUUCAAAGGAAUGCAGUUCUGAUGUGCUACUUAUUUAUUUGAGCCCUUACAAUUUAACUCCCCUCUCUAUAUACUGGUCUGGUGUAUAUAUAUACUGAAAAUCAGAAAAAAAAUACCUCCAUGGUUCAACCUCAGGCUGCUUUACAUAUAAAGACCAAAACAACCAAUACAUUUGUAAUCCUCGGGACAUACUGUCUACUAAUUAAGGCUUCCAAAUUACAAAGCAUAGCAAAAUUUCUGCCAAGUCAUCAUUCUGUUUGAAGGCCUGAUUAAUAAACAUGAGGCCACCAAAAGGCACCUUUAGGCAACUUAGUAAAUUGAUUAUAGCCUCCUCUAAAUAGAUGCUGAUGGCACAACCACACACGCAGCUUGGAUCAGGGCCAGGUAAGACAUGAAUCCACACAUCUGCCACCCCUCAGAAACACUCCUGUGAGCUGCUGCUGCCUAGCUCCUUGAUACAGAGCAUUGGCAGCAAAAAACUGAGCUCUGCAAAGCUCAGCUACCAGUUACUGCUCAUCCUCGAGGUGCUUAAACAAAGGUACAGCCCUGCAAGAGCUAAAGGAGAUCCCUGGGCAUCAGGUUGGGCUGUCACUGUGUUUGAAUUGCCAUCCAGUGGCUCUGCACUCCACCAUGGCUAGGGUUACAACUGUAAACGUUUUCAGAGUAGUAAGUUAUUAACCCAGUGAUCUCACACAGCUACUUCCUUCCCUGUCACCCCAA